GAUUCCUUGAUCUAUUAACAAAUAUAGGAUUUGUGGUCCACAUCUAACUUUAUAUUCAAAAUAAUUGAACAAUGAGCCGUCUGUAGACUCUGUAAACCCACUUCGAGAUAGACAGAAGCAAACAAGUGAGUCAGUUACUCCUGUCCUUGAGUUGCGGAGUCCACAAGAAGUACGAACAUAAUUGUAAAAGGGCGUGUGAAUGAAAACGAUAUAUGCCGGCACUGUUCUUAUCAAUUAUCAUAUUUUAGCUGGCCUCCACCCAUCAAGACUCUAUCAAAACACACUAGUUGUGGACUCGGUUCUUUGCUUCUAGACAACCCUUUCUCUCUCUCCAAUCUUAUUUUCAAGCCAGGAGUAAACUACGGCUUAAACCAUUAGAAUAUAAAACAACGGGUUGUUGACAAUUACAUUCUCGUAGAUAGCCAUGCACAUAUGAUAUAUAUGUAUAGCACUGUAAAAAAUCCUAAGCUUUUCUAUCAAAUUUUCUCUCCAACUUCCAUUUCCACCACUGGUUUUUUCAUCUUCUUUCUCUCUUCUAUGUUGGUCUUCUUUGUAGCUCUCCAAAAGAGGGCAAAAACCCUUUUUCAGCAGCUCAGAGCAGUGGGGUUGAUUCGUGGACGCAAGAAAACGAAGCCGGCAAGGAAACUUUGGUCUAGUCUUGAUGCAUCACCCACAGCUUUUGCAGCCAUGGAAGUGUCCAGCCAAUUUAAGCAAGUUUUCGAGGUCAUAGACGAAAACGGUGACGGGAAGAUAUCGCCAUCAGAGCUCAGUGAAGUGCUGUUGUGUCUCGGCUACAAUAAAUCUAUUGCCACCAAGGAGGCCGAUGGAAUGGUGAAAGAAAUGGACUGUGACGGAGAUGGGUUUGUAGACUUGGAUGAGUUCUUGGAUGUUAUGAUCAAUUAUAAUAACAAUACCACUGGUAAUACUGAUGGAAAGGAGGAUAAUGAUGAUGACCAUGAUCACCUCUUGGAUGCUUUUCUUGUUUUUGAUACAGACAAGAACGGUAAGAUUUCAGCCAAGGAGUUAAGACGGGUUCUGGUCAGGCUUGGAUGUGACAAGUGCAGUCUUGGAGAGUGUAGAAGAAUGAUCCAAGGUGUGGAUAAGGACGGUGAUGGCUUCGUGGAUUUUGAAGAAUUUAGGUUGAUGAUGACCAGGGCUACAGAUUAAACCCUCCCACUCAAUUGUUUUUGUUAUGGUUGUGUUGUGUAGCGUUGUUCCUUGUAAAUUUUACAGAGCCAUCUGAUUUAGGAAUUAAUUUGGUUUAUGAGAUGAUUUGAGGUUCGGGAUAUUAGUCCUAAUCAAAUUUAGGAGGUAACAAAUGCAGUAUAUAUCACAAUAUUUUUGUACCAUAUAUCUAAGUAAUGUCUUUUUAAUUCCUUCAAGAGAUGAGUUCAUCUAUAGUAUGUGAAACAAUGGCAGACAUAAAAAAAGUCACUUUUCUACCACUUUA